AUGCUGACCCUCGGCGAAAGAACUGUGGAGAUGUUGGUCUCCCUGAUGCAAACCUCCCCUGGGCGGAAGUUCUCCUCUGUUACCACCAUCCUUCCUACCGGCCUGGCCUUCCCCAUUCCCGCGCGGAUCCUGCAGCAGAUGCUGCGCUGCUCGUGGGCAGCUGCCAGCCGGGCCAGCGAGGCAGCUGACGGCCCUGAGCCUUCCUGCCCCGGCAGCAGGCCCUUGGAGGAGCCGGGGAACGAGCAGGUCUCCGUCAGCACGUUCCCUGCCCGGCUGGUGGCCGAGCAGCUGACACUCAUGGACAAGGAGCUGUUCCUGGAGCUGGUGCCAAACCACUGUCGGGGGGACCUCUCAUCUAUCAGGAACAAGCCGGGCUACGAGCAUGUGUGCCCCACUGUGCGGGCCAUCGAGAGCCAGUACUACACUGUGGCCGCCUGUGUCCUUACCACCUGCCUCUCGGAACUGAGCCCGCCCGCGCGGGCACGGAUGCUGGAGUACUGGAUCCUGGUGGCCCAGGAGUGCCAGCGCCUCCGCAACUGGGCGUCCACCUAUGCCAUCAUCUGUGCCCUGCAGAGCCCCGCCAUCCGCCGACUCUGCCAGACCUGGGGCCACGUGUCCUGGUGGAGCCGGAGGAAGCUGAAGGCCCUGUGCAGACAGGCCCGGAAACAUAGACGCUGCAAGCCCCCACAGUCUGCGCCUGAGGGAGGAGAGUGGGGGCUGGGCGUGCGGGUAACAGAGGCUCAGGGUCGGGUGCUCAUCCCCAGGUGGAACAGCGCUGCAGCUUUGUGUCCUGCUUGA